AUAAAAGAUCGAAAAAUAAAAAUUAUUCAAAUCGAUCGACAGAAAUCACAGUUAUUGUGAAUCAGAGUAAAACAUAAGACAUAAUUUGUAGCUUCGUCCUGUUCUUUACCUAGUUCUGUUGCGAAUAUUUACCGAAAACUGAAAUGAUACAGUGAGACUGCAAGUCGCCCAUAUAUACUUAUCGCUUGAAUCUAAGUCUGUCUUGUUUAAUAAUAAAUUUAUAUUUCUGAUAAUUUUUACAAGUCCAAACAAAAUUAACACUUUAAUUUUAUAGUGUGAUGAUAGUGAACAAACAAAUACAACAUUACUUAUACAUUUUUUUGGUAAAAAUGGUCGUGAUACAUUGAAUUAUACAGAAUUUAAACGUUUUAUGGAAAAUCUUCAAACGGAAGUACUUGAAAUUGAAUUUAACGAAUUUUCACAUGGUUUCAAAACGAUGUCUGAUUUGAAUUUUGCUGAAAUGCUUUUACGUUAUACAGAUUUUGAUCAUGAUACAAUAAGAUCCAUAUUAAAAAAAGUGAAAAAACAUGGUGAUCAACAAAAUGCAGUUACAUUUGAACAAUUUAAACAUUUUUCCGCAUUUCUCAAUAAUCUUGAAGACUUUGGUAUUGCAAUGCGUUUUCAUCAAUUAUCAAAUAAACCAAUCUCACAAGGUAAACAUUUCUCUCAUUAA